AUGGAGAACUACCACAGAAUGAGAAGGCCGGUGACAGUAGGACCGGCAGUUAUUGCCGCCGCAGCCUUUUUCAUGGUUUGCUUCCCGGUGGCAGGUAUUGAACCGCAAGUCCGAGCAGCAUCCACGGCUUUUGUUGUUAGGGCUUCCUCUUCUCCUCCCCUUCCAGAAGCGCACGAGAAUUCCGGGUGGUUCUCCCCAUCUGUUGGUUCCACACAGUCAGAAGAGAAUGCUGCGGCGAUGCAGCCGGUGAUCCAGAGAAGUGGACAAUCACGAAAGCGCCUGUCGUUGCCUCGUGACACGCUAGGCCUGCAUGACUAUGCCAAGGAUCGAGGAGAAAAAGACGAAAGUCGUGAAAGCAAAAGCUCACAGGAGGCUUCGACAAGCAAAGACAGCGGCGUGGGAGGGGGGAUCGGCGCCGGUUCUUUUACCAAAAAGAAUGAGGAAACUGGAGGUAGAGAGGUGGGCCGAGGCGAACAAGAGGUACUAUCUCGCCUCGUGGAGCUUCCACAUGACGAGACAAAAAAGGAAGGCAAAGGCACAGACAGUGACACUCUGUCGAAAAGCAUCCCAACGGUAGAACAAGCUCGGUCGGCGGAUCACAAAACGACGAGUGAGAAGUCGACGAAUAAACGCUCAUCUACUCCGGAUGAAGAACUGGAGCACCACGGACGUGCCGGAGAAAAGACGGUGUUAAUACGGGCACAGCCGUCGCCCGCGCUGAGUAAGCAUGCCAUGCAUCAUGAAAUUAAUGACAAACACUCUUUUGUCAGUCAAUCACGAGACACUCCGACUACGGUGGGGACUGCCACGGAGGAAGGUCAAAAACGAGUAGCCCUUACAGUUACCCCAGAUAGCGCAGCCCGGAGAGAAGAAUUGAAGGAACAGAAUUUUGAUGCUGAAAGGCCUUUUGCGGCUAACGAGAUGCUCCAGAGUCCUGCUGGAGUACCUGGGUCUGGUGUGAACGCGCCAGAACAGGACUUGCAAACACAUCACAAUGGAGCACGUCGGGCACCAGACUUAGUCCGCACCUUUCCAGUCAAUAACGAGGUUGAAAAUGACCGAGAAGCUCCUUGGGAAGGGCAUGUCACUGAGUGGAAUCUCGCUGAAUCACAACAAAAAUCGAAUUCUGCAACAGCAGCUGCGGUGCCAACGAGAGAUGAGCCAGAGCACGUUCCCCCGACUGUGAUCCCUGAAGUGUCUGUGAAAGAAGAUACCGCUCGAUGGAACAAGACCACUUCACCAGCGGAAGAACCGUCCUCCCAGCAUACCGAAGUGCCAUCUGCCCCUAGCGAUCGUUCGUUGCCGCACACGAAAAAGUUCGAAGCUCAGCUCCAAAGAAAGACAGGUAAUGAUAGCGCAGGCGGUCUCGUGUUUCCAUUCGAACUCGUAACAACUGCCAGUGAGGCAAAUGUUACGCUCCCUGCAAGUUUGUUCGCCGCGCAAGCAAACGUCAGAGAACGACAAGGCGGAAAUACGACUCCAUGUGACACGCCCAUCACUGAUGUUGCCACGGAACAAGGCGCCAGAGGAGAAGCGUGCCUAGAGGGGCGUGACACAUACGGAGGAGAUAUUACUGGAGAAACAAGCAGUGCGCACUCGUGGAUAAGCAAGAAAAUCUCCGGGGAAGAGCGGACUGAUGUUGAAGAGCCUGAGGAAACACAGCCAUCACUCGCGGUUCCCUUACACAAGAAAGUCGACGUGGAAAACGCAGCCAGGGAAGAGGAAGAAGAUUUCGAACUCGUGAAUGUUCCUCCAGACGGGAGUUCGCUGGCACCGCGUACCCACUUUGGGGAAAGCAAGCUCGCGAAAAAUCAUUCUUUGCCAUCGAGAAACAGAGCUACUGAAGAGCAAAAGGAAGGAAACCUUCUACAUGAGGUGCCAUCAGUGGAACGAGAGGUCAUGAAGGAAAAUACCCAGAAAGACAAAAUCCUCGAGAAGAAUGGAGAACUUGCUGCCACAGGUGAGAUGAAAGACGAGCAUCAAAUGCAUUCAGUGGCAGCUCUGCACAAAGAGAGGAAGAAGGACGAGCACCGGCGACGCUAUCAGACAGGGACGUCCAGAGAGCAAGGGGAGUCGAUGAAGACAGGAGAUGCUUCUACAGUUGCCGAAGAUCCAGCAUCUUCUUCAGGCAGGGAGGGUCCAAAGACGGUGGCAACCACCAGGGGAGCCUACGGGGGUGCGUACGAGAGCAGGACUCUGGCGUCAACCGACGUUGCGAAAAACGUGGCGUCCACGAGAGACAUCGGGUCACAAAAAGGUGGUGAAGAGGGCCAACCAACGCAACCUGGGGAACAAGGUGACUUUGGCACAGGGGAGACAGAAGGACGGCUUCAGCAUCCACAUCACGAGAAGGAUAAGGAAGGUGGGGAACAUAGUGGGCACCUGGACCCCUACGAAAGAGAGAAUACACGUCUCUCACAGCACGGACGGCAGGAAGGUCCUCAGCAUGCGUUGCAGCAAACUGGUGGCGCUGCCAGAGGGCGAGCGCCCCCGUCUUCGGAAGCGGCUGGAGGGCCUCCUUCAGAAGGACGCCCAGCCGACCCGUCGUCCGGUUCAGGAGACACCACGCUGUUGCGACAUCAGGAUGGUGCGUUUCCUCUCUCAGUAAAAUUCGGGUUUUCCAGCGCCCCCUCAUCCGCAUCUAUUGUGGACGAGGCGACAAGACCCCACAACAGAGGCGAUAUGAGGGGCUUCCAGGAAGACACAGAACGACAAGCUCGUGAAAGAGGAAAACGGGAACAUAGGUACCCGUCAGCAAUUCAGUUUUUGUACGACAGUGUGAUUGACUCGGCUCAGGAAGGUGAUGUAGCUUCUACGCUGCCAGCUAGGACAGGAGAGCAACCAAAAUCACAAGAUCCUGAUUCAUUUCCGCAGACAAAAUUGGAACGCGUAAUGCCAAAUGCAGAUUCAACUGGAACUGAGGAUGAGAACUCGGCUAGCCCCGAGGGCGGUGAGACAAGCUACAGUCUGCGCACACAUUCACUGGGCCCCGCAAAAACUGGCACAAAGGGAGAAAUCGACUUUGUAUCGGUAGGACAUCGAACUAGGGAGGCAGAGACGGAGGACGAACCGCAAACAAAAGAAGGUAGACACGGACGAAAUUCGUCGACACCGAAACUUGAACACGACGCUGGUGUGCGACUCGUGGAGGGAAACGCCGGGGGGCCCUCACGCGCAGGCAUUUCAGAGAACAAGGUUCGAGGCGAUGGCGCAGAUAGGGAAAACACUUCCCUUCUGCAUGGCGAAUGGAGAAUUCAAGAGGAAACGAGCGCAGCGUCGGCGGGCGAAGCCGAGGAGAAGUUGGAGGAACAAACAGAGAGCGGCGUUUCGGCCAACAGGACGAAGCGAGAACGAAAUGCAUACGACCAGAAGGGAGAGCAAACAAAAGAAGAAGAGAACGCGGAAAGUGCCACUGAACAACAAGAUGACAGGAGCGACGCAACUAAAAUCAAAGAGUCCGCGGAAGAGCAUGGGCGUGGAGAAACACGGCAGAAGGUUGUACGACCCGAAACUGAGACGGAGGAGGCAGGAAGUGCUGGAGACCCUAAGAGAGAAGGUGGCAACGCAGCGAAAAUAGAUGAAGGUGGUCAUUCGAAACAGGACGUUCAACAACAAACACAAGAUACAGAUCGGGCAGAAAACGGUUCCGCAGUUGGGGAAGGAAGCCUCCAAGCGGACGGAGAGCCAGGAAUCAAAACCGGAGAGGAUAAAAAGCAAGAACAGGAAGCUAGGGAGUCAAUGGACAAAACCGAGUCAGCAACCGGUGUGUUUCUGACUGGCAGAUCUCCCACCUCACCGUUGAGCACGUCCUUUGAACACGCCAGGUCAACUGUGGAAGAAACCCUUUUCCCAGGCGAUGCUGGCGGCCAAGCCUCCGCCGAUGGAGGUCUACCCUUCCCUCAAGCCGAGGAGAUCGCAGAGAACCACACAAAUAGUAUCGAUGAAACGGCAAAACUCACUGCGACACGCAACGAUCGCGUCGAUACUAAGGGUCCCGUCCCGAGCUCGCCUCCUGGAGACUGGCCCCAGACAGCAUCUCUGCCGUCUCGCUCUAGUUCUGCUGCGCCGCAGGAAACUGAUCUCCUGAAAGAGGGUCAACCGCGAUUCGUUAACGCCAUCCAGGACGACACAACUGAUCGAAACAAGCAUGAGCCCUCUGCCCAAAAGACGCGUGAGAACGUGUACGAAUCCCCUGAUGCAACGAAGGCGCGCGAACACGCAAUGGAUCAGCAAACAGCCAAACUCUUCACUAGCCAAUUCCAACACCCUUUCGAACCAAACGACCUUCCCGGUGCUGCGUCGGAAUGGGGAAGUGAGGCUAACGCCAACCAGCGGACUACAAACAUACCACCGGUGGUGUUUGUUCCCAACGACAAUUCGGAACUUAUCACGCGUCUCGGUCCUCCAACAAGCCUGGCGGAGACUUCACAACGAACACAACUUCGAUAUAAGCGGGGACCCGCGGUUUCAAGCACUACCAGUGAGGAAGCAUUGCAGGUGAAGCAGCGAAACGUGGAAGAAUCUUCUGGGUCCUUUGGAAACGACGUAUCGGAUGCGGCGCACGAACUGGGUGUCGUUCCAUCUCCACGAGAUGGCACAAGAGAUUCCGAAAGGCAGCCGACCGCAGGUGAGGUGCGAGCGGCGGACAAAACUUUCGUGAACGAGGAGAGCCUCGCGUCUUCUUUAUUUCCUGCCCCGGAGCUUCAAGGCCGUUUCACUAUGGCGCGUGGAAGAGAAUCACCAAAACAGACCGAAGCAGCACAUGCUCCAGCCGCGCAGGUCCGUGUCGAUACACCGGUAUCAAACAGCCCACCUGCUCACCGUCCUCCCAUCUUGUCAGGAACCAGCCCAACAUAUGUUUUGUCGUUUGGUCGUCCACUACCUGAAGUUAACUCUGACAAUGACCAGAUGGUCACAAGGCCACCGGCCGGAGAAGGAAGGUCGUCAACGGAGUGGCAGGCUCUGAAGAUUUCAGAACCUGCUGGCUCUUCGGCUGACUUUGACUUGCUGUAUUCUUCUCAAGGCCCUCUCCCUAGAUCUGCCGCUGAGGAGACAUCACCAGGACACGCCCACAUUUCGAAGACGGGGCAAAUGGCAGGCCCUCACGACGGGUUAGGAACCAGCCUGUCUGCUGCUAGCCUCAACCCAGCCGACAGCGCUGUUCCGGUGGCUAUUCUGAGUGAGCGUCGAAAACCUGAAACUCCUCGAAAUUCUUUUCCAGCUGCAGCAGGGUCAGCUCUCACGCCGGCAGCGCCACCGGCUUCGGGUGCGCCGGCAAACACAGGCACGCGAGAGACGUAUGCUACGUUGGAAUCUAGUAUUUCUGGAGUUGAUAUCAUUACACUCCCGGACAACCUAGGCGAUAUGCUGAGAAAUCCUGGCAUGCAAAUCCAUCGUCCAAUGAGUAUCUGGAGCAGCGAUAGGACGAGUUCUGGUGGAAAUGGAAGCGAUGCCAACAAAACGAAGGCAACUGCCACAGGUAGUGCAACCAAGAAAAUAUACGAUCCGACCCUGACACAGAGUCCUACCAUGUUUGACCAGUUCAUGGAACAAGAAGCUGCAGAAGGCAUUACGCCUGGGGCAGAUCUCCUUCCCGCGCCUGCGGAAGCGGCAGCGGAAUCGCAAGGGCCCAAUGAUGCUUCUGAGCUUCAGGCAACAGAAACAGGAGGUGCGGAACCUCCUAGCACAGACGAAGAAGGACCGGGGAAUUCAAACGACGAGGACGAUGAAGACAAUGAUGAUGAAGAUGAUGAUAUUGGCGGAGAAGAGGAGGAACCACAACCACGACGCACAUAUCCUAUCCCUCUUCCUCUUCCGAUUCCAAUCAGCAUUCCAUGGCUUGGAGGCCUCGGGGGUGGUGGAGGCCUCGGUUUGCUGUCGGUUCGUGGACCUUCUCCUCCACAACCGGACGCCCAUGGCGUUUUCCCCGUAGACCCCUCCACGGCCAUAAGCGUUGGCGGGGGCGUGCAUCCCAACCUCGCUCCGUCCAUUCCUCUGAAAGUUGAAGAGCGGGCCGUUUCGAGCAUUGCGGCGCCAUCGUCCGUGCCGCCCUUGCGAGCAUCUUCAGCUGGUAUGGCGUCCGGGGGCUCGGCAGGUGCCGGUGUCAAGACCCGGGAAAGUGCAGGGUCGGGCGGAUUGGCGGCCGCAGGAUCAGUCGCUGGCGUGGCCCGACAGUUGCCAGGCGCCACGACUGCAGUGCCGGCCAUCGUUCAGUCAGCAGAUCAGCUCUUCACAAGCACUUCUUCAUUUAUUGGAGUGGGAAACUCACUGAUAAAAAGUUUUCCCUUCGAAGAAGCUCUCGAAUGGAGCCAGCAGAGAAAUGAGGCCAGGAGACAACAAAAAGACCAACCGCCGGCGCACUUGGGACACCCCUGGGUUCGGUGUGUGAGCAGUGGCAUGACGUGCUGCCUGCCGCAGAAAGCUGUUGGGGGAGAUUGGAAAAAGAAGCCUCCCUACCUGAACGACUCUCAAGCAGAGAAUCGUGCCUGCCAAGCGCAUUUUGUUCCCAUGCAGAACGCGGUGUGCGCCUCCACAGCUUACAAGGAUAACGAGUGUGGUAUUCAACGAAUGGAGACUUCGCAGUUUGUCCUGUUUCGACACGUGCUCCAUGUACGCGGCUCAAAGAACUUGAAAGCUGUCUGCGAGUGCCGGUGGGCGAGAAGUCCUGGUUCUUCAGCGCCGCCUCUGGAUGGCAAAGCAGCCGUAUUGGCCGAGGUAGAUGAUGAAAAACUCAAAAAGGAGCGCGACGUAGCGCCAGUUGGAUCACAAAUCGAGGGGUUCGCUUCUUGGCAAGUUUCGAAGAAGGCUAUUGCCGAGAAACAACAACGUAGGGACAAAACGAACAAAAUGACGCAGGGCGUUGGCGCAGCUCUCAAGACUACAGCGCUUUUAACCCAACAAGGUUCCGACGCCAUGCAUUCCAGUCUCGCUGGGAUGGAGCGAGCGCAAGGUGAUCCUGCUGGCCAGGUCCAGGAAAUAAGAGGUGGCGUAGAAGCAAUUGCCGACCUUCUCAUGAAAGCCAGCGAUACGACCCCUGCAAUGUCGAUUGUCACCAAGGCCCUCGAUGACCUCGCCUACGUUAAAAAAAAAUAA